AUGCGGGUCCCAAACCGGUUCUUGCGACCACUAUCGGGAUCGCUGAUUGCGAAAACAUGGGUAGCCGCACUAGGAGUAAUAGUUCACGAUGGAGCUGAGGGCAGAAGCGAAUCUACCACGGAUGCCGACCCAGGCAUCAUGCUUGCAGUUUCUGCCGCGACUUCAACUAUUUCAAGUGAGACUUCUUCUACAACAACCACUGUCUCCUCUUCCGAUUCAUAUACAACAACGAGCACCUCCACAACUACCACAUCUACCGGAAUCACCACUCACACGAUUCAAGUGGGACCAAAAGUCAGCCCCCACGCCUAUGUUCCGCAAAACAUCACGGCGAACCCGGGUGAUAUUCUGGUGUUUGAAUUUUAUCCUACAAAUCACUCUGUCGCCAAAGCAGAUUACCUUGCACCCUGUGUCCCAGCGAGCUCUGGUGAAUUUUGGUCUGGAGAGUUUAACACUUUCACCGAGUCUAAUGGUGAACUUGUUGGUCCAGCUCCCACCUGGUCCAUUACCGUCAACGACACAGAACCUACAUUUUUCUAUUGCACUGCAAUAGGAUCAUGCAAAGACAAUGGAAUGGUUGGCGUCAUAAACCCAAAUUUAAGCCAUACUUGGGAAACACAGUACAAACGAGCACUCACAUACCCUUACAUGUUACUCCCUGGCCAACCUAUGCCUGCCGAAUCAUCUGACUCGGGCUCAAGCUUCAGCUCAUCUUCUAGCGAUUCCACUGAGCACGGUCUCAGCACAGGCGCAAUCGCCGGAAUAGCAGUGGCAUGCAUAGCCUUCGUCGGGAUCUUAAUUGCAUUAUUCUGGACUCUGGGUCGCAACCGCAUUUAUCAAAAAUGGAGGUCCUCAGAGGUCGGACGGACUGAACAAACAGCCCGAUGGGCUCUAUUCCAAUCCCACGGGACUGGUGAUUCACCAACUCAAAAGAGCGAACUCGACAGUAGUACUGUCCACAUAGCACCGCGAGCUGAGCAUAGCCAUUUUUCUAGUUCCAAGCCUAGCCAUUAUAGGACUCCUGAUCCGGAUCAUCGGGAGGAUUCGGAAGCUACAAAUACCCGCUCCAUGUAUGGAGCGCUGGCACUGCAGCGUGGCUCUGGGCAGUGGAACUGGGAUGCUGCACAGCAUCCUCGUAACCAACGGGGGCCGAGUGAGUUAGAUGCGACCAGUUUGUCUCCGCCACAAUAUCAGUUGAUCAGAGAUAAUCGGUGA